UCCAUCUAGAGGCAGGUGGGCGUUCAGAUGCCGACGUCCCGCUUCCAGUCGCCGAACCAUAUCCACCUCUUUCUUCCUCCCACAAAAUCUCUAGACGCCGACUCGUCGCUCACUCUCCUUGUUUCUACCCCCCUUCGAGAACACCUCACCUCCCUGACAAUCCAAUCAAGAUGGCGCCUCUACAGGUUCUCAUGGUUGGGACGGGCGAAUACACCACGGGCUUUGUUGGCGGGGGAGCUUCCACCUCCGACAAGAAAGUUGGUGUCGUGGGUUUGACACUGUUCGAUCUUCGCCGCCGGGGGAAAGUGGGAAAUCUGAGCAUGGUCGGAGUCAGCGGCGACAAAUUCCCAGCAAUCCGCGAACAUCUGCAAAAGAACAUCUCUCAGGCAUACAAUGGCCUGGACGUGUCUUUUGACGAGUUCCCCAAGGAGGGCAAACGCGACCCAGAUGCCUACAAGGAAGCAAUCGAUGCCUUGCCCAAGGGCAGUGCCAUUACCAUCUUCACACCAGACACCACCCAUUACCCAAUUGCCCUGUAUGCGAUUGAACGCGGCCUUCACGUGUUGAUUACGAAACCCGCCGUCAAGCUCUUGGAGCAUCACCAAACAUUGCUCGCGGCAGCAAAGAAACACAACGUUUUUGUUUACAUCGAGCACCAUAAGCGAUACGAUCCUGCAUACGCCGAUGCUCGUUUCAGGGCCACGAAGCUUGGUGAUUUCAACUACUUCUACUCAUACAUGUCACAGCCCAAGAGCCAACUUGAGACGUUCAAAGCAUGGGCAGGCAAAGACUCCGAUAUUUCCUAUUAUUUGAACUCCCACCACGUCGACAUCAACGAGUCCAUGGUUCCCGACUUUACACCUGUUCGGGUGAUGGCAAGCGGAGCAAGAGGCAUCGCAACGGACCUUGGCUGUGUUGAGGGAACUGAGGACACCAUCACCCUCCUCACUGACUGGGUAAAGAAAGAUGGAUCAGGCAAGCGGGCAACAGGUGUCUACACAGCUGGCUGGGCGGCGCCUCAGAAGGCUGGCGUUCAUUCAAAUCAAUACUUUCACUACAUGGCAAGUAAAGGCGAAGUUCGAAUCAAUCAAGCCAAACGUGGUUACGACGUCACGGACGAUGACACCGGCUUGCUCUGGUACAAUCCAUUUUAUAUGAAGUAUGCACCUGAUGAAGAGGGCAACUUCGCUGGCCAGAUCGGUUACGGGUACAUCUCGUUUGAGAAGUUCGUUGACGCGGUCAACGCUCUAAACGAGGGCAAGCUUACCCUCGAGGAUUUGGAUGCUCGCCCGCUUCCCACACUCAAGAACACCAUCGCGACUACAGCCAUUCUAGAGGCCGGCCGACGGUCUUUGGAUGAGAACAGGCCGAUUGACAUCGUUCAAGAAAAUGGCAUCUGGUCGCUAAAGUAAAGAUGGCUGGUUCACACCUGGUUUUGAUUAUCAUGACGAAUGAAUGCAUACUUUGUUU